AUGGCGUCGGCGGCUCCGGACGCCGCGGUGACGGCCGACGCCGGCGAGGGCGUCGAGCAGACCGACACAUCCACCAAACUCGACUCGUCCACCUCCACCUCCGACGACACGAUCAAGACGUCCAUCCCGCGCAUCGCGCUCAUCGACGAGCACGAGCGGCGCCGCUCGCUCGACUCUGGCUCCUCAGCGCGCUCCAGCCAGUCCAGCGAGAACUUCUUCGGCAGUGUGCUGGCGCACGAGCCGCUCACGGAGGAGCCGGUGGUGGCGGCGUCCGCGCGCGCCGCCAGCCCGCCGCGCGAGAGUGAGGCCGCCGCGCGUUUGGCCGAGGAGAACGGUGACAUCGAGGACACCCUGCAGCAGAUCCUGCGCGACGAGCAGGCGCUGAAGCUCAAGUACCAGAAGCUGCGGGAGCUGGAGGAGGCCAGCAGCGAGUGGUCGCUCGCCGAGGAGCUGAGAGAGGCCGAGCAGAGGGAGAGUGAGCGUACCGCCCGGGCCGGGGACAGCGGCGGGGGAGGCAGUGGGGGCAGCGGGGCAGAGAGCGCGGGCGGCAGCGGCAGCGCCGGAGACAGCGGAGGCGGAGUCAGUAUUGGCGGCGGCGGUGCCGGCUGGACUAGCUCUCCCGACAGGCCCGGCGUUAAAAAGACCGACCCCGUUCAGGUAGAGCAGGCGGAGCGCACGUGGUCGGGAGGCUCCUCAGAGGAGGACAAUGUCCGCCCGCCGGCCAGUCCCGCACGGCGGCACCUCGGCGACCGAGGCGCCCCUCCGCCCAUCGCCGGCUGGGACACACUGCCAGAGACACUUAUCGGCGACGGAGAGGGAGACUACAUCACCCCUGACAGGGACUACGUCACCCCCGACAGGGACUACAGCACCCUGGAGCGAGAGCGCGACUAUAGCACCCUGGAGCGAGACUACAGCACGCUGGAGCGUAUGACGCCCGGGUCUCACGACAGCCUGCGCCGCUCGCGCGACGGCAGCUACAGUCCGUUCAGCUUGCUGUCCACCCCGUGUCACUCGUUCCUGGCCGGGCCCGUGUACGCGCCGACCGGGGACCUGCCCGACCUGACCCAGGUCGGGGGUGCCGACCUGAAGACGCCCCCGCAGACCAAGCUCGGAGGGGAGCUCGGACGGCAGACGGAGCUCGAUCCGGACCUCGAGAAGAAGCUGGAGCCGGGAAGCGAGCCGGAACCGCUGCAGGAGCAGCAGACACGAGAGCCUUUAUCGGAGCGAGCGCGCGAGACCGACAGAGAGCGGCGGAGGGAGAGAGACAGGGAGAGGGAGAGGAUGAGAGAGGAGCCGGAGAUGCUCGGUCCAGGACCGGGGUCGACCCGCGGCCGGCCGGCGAGCAUCGUCGAGCACCCGGCCUGGGGUCAGAUCAGUGACCUGGACCGCGCGCUGGCCUUCAUGGAGGCUACCGGUCCGACCGACUGCCGGCCCACCAGCCAGCGCUGGACAGACAUCGACGACGUGCUCAGCGUGCUGGAGGCCGACAGCGACCAGCCGCCGGCGAGCCACGGGCCGCCGCGGCCGCUCCGACCACCUCACGGACCCAUGAGGGACUCCCGGAUUGACGCCGAUGACGACUACCGUCCGGCGGGCGGCGGGCGCGCCGGCUGGGGCCCUCCGCGGCCGCUGGCGGCGCCGGUUGCCGACUGGACGCCGGCCCGCGGCCGCGCCCUGGGCCUGGUCGGGUACUCGGCCGAGCGCGGUGGCCUGGACCCGCAUCGAUCGGUCGCGAAACCCGAGCCGCCGAGGCCGUCGCGCGCCGUCAGUGUCAGCGCCGAGCUGAACCGGCGCCUGCGGAGCCUGCAGCGCGCGCGCGCCCACAGCCUGCUGGCAGACGCGCAGCUGGCCGCCGGCGGCCGCAUCAGCGCCGUCCACCAGCACAUCGUGCAGUCGACCAACGAGCUGACCAUCCCCGGCCGCAGCACGCCGGCCACCGUGCACUCCUACCAUGAGAUGGUCAUCAAACAGGUGAUUGAUUCGGCGCCGCCCACCCGCGGCGGCAGGCGCGCCUCGCACCCGGCCGACGCCGACGAGCCGCACUGGGACGAGUGGUCCCCUCACGACGAGCCACCGCCACCGGAGCCGCAGCCGGCGCCGCGGCAGCCCCCCGGGGGCCCGCACGGGAUACCGGCCGGCUACUCCGACGACCCGCACUCAGUGCCCGGGGCACUGGGGUCACACGACCCGUCCGGAAUGCACUAUCCUAGCUACGUCUCCGCCCGUGAUUUCGACUCGCUCGCCCGCGGCGUGGACACUUUGGAUCUGAGCGAUACGGACCUCAGCGCGCACGAGUCGGCCGCCGACGAGCGCGCGCUGUUCCCGUUCUCUCAGCGCGGCCGGUCGGCGGCGCAUCGCAGCGCGUUCCGACCCAUCCGUCCCGAGCCGCUGCGGCCGGUGCCGGUGUCGGCGGCGCCGCGGCUCAUCCACCACCUGCCGAUUGCGUCGGCGGGUCCGGCGCCGGCGCCGCCGCCGCCCGCCUCUCACGGCGAGCCCAACUGGGACGGGUGCGGGCGGAGCAGCACACUGCCGCGCGCCCGGCCGCGCCAGCCGGCCGAGCGCGGUCGGCGCAGCAAGAGCGAGCGCCGCCGGCGGAAGGAGCUGCGUCAUUCGGAGCGUCGACUGCGACGCGCGCGCUACGGACGCUCCGGAGUGGCCGGCUACCGACGACUGACGCUGCAGCGCGGCCGACGGGACGCCGACUUCGGCUUCUCGGUCAUCGGUGGUCCCGAUUCAGGACUCGGUGUAUUCGUCAGUCGCACGGAACCAGAGGGUCUCGCCCGGUCGGCCGGCCUCCGGGUCGGCGAUGAGCUGAUCAUCGUCAACGGCUACGAUGUUCGUCGAUUUCCGCUGCAACAAGUGCAACAGAUUCUCUCCAGCUCUUCAGUGGUGGACAUUCUGAUCAAGACGAUGGGGAACGGCGACAACUACGUCGUGAGCCAUACGUACACCUGGUGUGACGCGCAGGGUCGCGAGGUCACUCCACCGCCCGACCUACUACACACCUCACGGGAGGGUGGCCACGACAGAAAGGUGGACUUUUCUCUGGAGAUGGGUGAGAGUCUGGGUCUGACGAUCCGCGGAGGGGCCGAGUACGGCCUGGGCAUCUUUGUCACCGGCGUGGACGCCAACUCACCCGCCGACCAGGCCGGCAUUCAGGUCGGAGAUCAGAUACUGGACGUGAACAACCAGAGCUUCCUGGACAUCACUCACGACGAGGCCGUGAGCAUCCUCAAGUACUGCAAGACGCCUAUGAUGACUAUCCGGCCCGUCGGAAAGGUCCCGUGCGCCUCUUAUGCCACGAGCGACACCGGCGGAGGACGGUUUCAGACCGCCAUUACGGACGGCAGAACCACCGACAGAGGCGCGGGACACGGUCAGUGGCAGCCGGCCGGUGCCGCCGCGGCCCCCGCCGGCCGACAGGUCGCCCCCGCCCCCUCCGCCGCUGCCGACGACGGUGACGAAUGGGGCGACCCGUCGCUGGUGAUGGUGUACGAGAAGGCGUCGGUGCUGCUGGGCGCACACGAGUUCGGCGUGUUCGACGAGCUGGUGCGCCGCUACCUGGCCGGUCAGGUGGACGUGGUCCGCCUGGUCGGAUCGCUGCUCGAGCUCUUCAGGGCACCAGAGAAGCUGACGCUGCUGACGGAGCUGCGCGAGAUCGUGUCGCCAGCCGAUCAGGUGCGGUUCGAUCAGAUGGUCUACCAUUCGGACCGGCGGCGUCCGUUUGAACAUUCGGCUGGCGCUGGCGUCCAUCACCAGACAGGUGGCGGCGCCUGGUGGCGGCCCCGGCAACCGCAGAUUCAGCGAUCCCCGAGCGAUGACUCUGGCAUCGAGCUUCCCAAUGGCUCCUACGCAGCCCCUCAUCACAGAAGCCUCGGCGAAGAGGAUUGGCCGCUCGCCGCACGUUCGCGGGUGGUCUUCCAUAGACAUGUAGACGACCCCGGCCACGCGGGUCACGGCGGCACGGGCGCCCUGUCUCCGGCCGGUGCGCUGCGGGCGGCUCUGGCCGGUCCGGUGACCGCCGUGUCACGCCUCCCUGACCGGUGCAGGUCACUGACCUCAGUGCCGACCGGGGACCCGAGCUUCAGCAGUGACCUGACCCGACUGCGACCGGCCAGCGCCCUGACAGAAACGGAGAUGGAUUCUUACCCGGCAAGCCCGAUCUUGGAGGACCCUGAGGGUAACAUCAAGGUGACGAUACCCAAGAACAAGCCUCUACUGGGUAUCGUGAUAGAAGGUGGAGCCAACACGUCCCAACCGCUACCACGCAUCGUCAACAUACAGCCGUACGGCUCAGCGUUCAGUGCCGGCGGUCUGAUGGUGGGCCAGGUCAUCAAGUCGGUGGACGGACGGAGGCUAGUCGGCGUCAACCACCAGCGAGCGGCCCAGCUGAUUGCAGAAGCAUACGCCAACAAGAACAAACCCGACAUCGAGUUUGUUGUUCGCGAGCUGAAGCGAAGUGCCUUCAACGUGCGUCACUGUGCGCCGGACCUGACGCCCGACUAGUCCCGACCCCUGGAGCGAGCGGUCCGACGCGACGGUGGAGCCACCUGGGACCGAUGGGGACCACUCAGUCAACAACACACCACACAGAGGCAACAGAAAUAGGCGUCCGAGAUCGCUGUUCGGCAAACUCGACCUGCAUUGAGCCCAGGCCACUGUGAGGAUUUACGUUUUGUCACAACAUUGUGGUCAGUUUAAGUUUUGGACCAAAAUAUGUCAAAGUCACUCAAAGUGCUAUUUUGCUACUACCUACGUUAUGUAACCCUUCAACUUAUGUAACUCUGCGAUCAGUUUAUCCCAUUGGAUCGUUGCGGCGCAGUUAAAAGAUCGUGGAAAGCAAUAACUAUUUAUUAUCUAGCACCCUGUGCCAAUGAUUCCCAGGAGUUUGUAAAUAUGGUGGAUAAUA